AUGGAUCAGGUGCAGCUAGGGGACUAUGACAGCGCUUCCAUCUCCGGCCAGAUUGCUGAGCGAAUGGCGCAGCCCAUCAAGACGGAGUUCGAUACCAACUUUGUGCCCCAGACUCUGUCGCUGGUGGACCUGGAGCACGUCAACGGCAAGCGUAAGUUUGAGGAGACAGACACGCCUGAAUUCGACACACAACGCGCCCGUGAACUCAUCCUCGACGCAGACGUCAACCCAGCCCUCAAGGCUCCUCAGCUGCGUUACAUUCCGCUGAAAACUGGAGUCUGUUACGACGUGCGAAUGCGAUACCAUGCUCGUCUGGUGUCCACAUCCUACGACUACGUGGACCCUCAUCCAGAGGACCCGAGACGUAUUUUCUCAGUGUACAAGGCGCUGGUGGAUGCAGGACUAGUGGUGGAUCCCGAGUAUCUAGGUCUGGAGGACAUUGGCCCACUGAUGGAAAAGAUUCCGAUCCGAGAAGCCUCGCUCGACGAGGUUCUGGAGGUGCAUACCCCCGCACAUGUGGACUUCCUAGCGUCGACGGAGAAGAUGAACCGACCGCAGUUACUGGAGGAGGGCGAAAAGGGCGACUCGGUCUAUUUCAACAAUGAGUCGUUCAGUGCAGGCAAAUUGUCCUGUGGAGGAACCAUUGAGACGUGUAGAGCCGUGAUCGAGCGGAAUGUCAAGAACGCCAUUGCCGUCGUUCGUCCACCAGGCCAUCACGCCGAGCCUGGCAACCCUGCUGGCUUUUGCAUGUUUUCCAACGUGGCUGUGGCUGCCAAGGUGCUACUGAAACGGUACCCUGAGCGAGUUAAGCGGAUCCUGAUUCUCGACUGGGAUGUUCAUCACGGAAACGGUACCCAACGAGCCUUUCUGGAUGACCCUAGGGUGCUUUACAUUUCUCUGCACCAGUACGAGAACGGAAAAUUCUACCCUGGAGGCACAUUUGGAGCUCACACGUCUGUGGGAACUGGAGCUGGAGAGGGAUACAGUGUCAACAUUCCCUGGAGUGCCCCUGGAGCUGGCGAUGCAGACUACAUUUACGCAUUCCAAAAAGUCGUCAUGCCAAUUGGUAUGGAGUUUGACCCUGAUUUUGUGAUUGUGUCAGCUGGUUUCGACGCAGCCGAGGGUGAUCUUCUUGGUGGGUGCAAGAUUACGCCUUCGGGAUAUGGUCACAUGACCCACAUGCUCAAGGGCCUGGCUUCUGGAAACCUGGCUGUGGUGCUGGAGGGAGGUUACACUUUGGAGGCCACUGCCAAGUCUGCCUUGGCCGUCACCAAGGUGCUUCUUGGAGAGGCGCCUCUUCCUCUUCCUGCGGCCUUCAAGCCCACCUCUGCAACUAUCUCUGUUGUCCAGGAUGUGGUCGAGACCCAGUCUCAGUACUGGCGAUGUCUGCAGCCUGGCUUUGAGACUAUCAUUCCCAAGGAGAUCACCACGUACGAUCUGAUGGGUGACGUCGUUCGAUCCUACCAGGCACGCAAGCUGUUCGACAAGUACAAGCUAUCGGCUCUUCCAAACAUGGGAGGAAGCAGCAGUACGCCAUCUGGACGGGCUGCCACUGCUGGUCCUGCUUCAGGAUCGUCAAUCUCUCUGGCAGACCAGAUUCUUGCAUCACCAAAAAUCCACUCGGCCGAAACCGUGGUUGUGUUUGUGCAUGAUCCUCCUCAGAUCUGGGGUAAGGUGGACGCUGUCACUGGCGAGCUUGACUUUGAUUCCUGCAUGGUUGACGUGACGACAAAGUGGCUGGAGUGGGCACAUGGACGGGGAUACGGUAUCAUUGACGUCAACAUUCCCAAGGCUUUGAAUGGAGCUGACGACGACAACUACUAUGCACUGUUUGCCAGCCAGGAGGUGUGCCUGUAUCUGUGGGACAAGUACCUCAGUGUGUUUGACGCGCAGAACGUGAUCAUGGUGGGCUUUGGUGAUGCCUACGCUGGUCUGGUGCAUCUGGUAGGCCACCGAGACACCCGAGAAAAGGUCAACUGCGUCAUCAACUUCAUCUCCGAGACCCAGCUGCGCCCUAUUGUCUCCAUUAUUGACGAGUACAUCACCGACUGGUUCUACCGAUCGUCACUGGUUUUCACUGCGGACACCCAUCCCUGCUGGGAUGUGAGCACUAACCCCAAGAAGCCAAGGCGUAAGUUUGGACGAGUGCUCCGAUGUGACAGCACCGGUCUACAUCGAAUUGUGGAGGAACGGUUCAAGGAAGCAGUUGAGUUCAUUGACGAGCAGCUGGAGGAUGAUGAGGAGUAG